ACUUGAAUCAUGUAAAAUCUAUAUAUACAAAUAUAAUAGCCCUACAUGCAUACAUGUAUCUAUCUCCUAAACAUUAAUUAAGGCAACAAACAAAACCAUGAUCCCUCCAAAUCUCUUCCUUCAUCCCUAAUAAAGCAAAUUGCAUCCCCCCUACCCCUACCCCCACCCCCUCCCAGUAAACCAGACCAAAAUAAGGAAUAAAAAUAACACCACAAGGCUCAACUUCAUCAACCAAAGCUUCUGGUUUUCUGCUAUUCAAAACCCCAUAUCCUCAGCAGCAAUAAAAGGGCCUAUUCUCAGUUUCAAGAUUGGAUUUUGAGGAAGAAAGAAAGAAGAAGAAGAAAAAAGCAAUCUUGAAAAUUAACACAUACACGACAGAGGAAAGAAGAGCAAAAAAGAAAAGAUUUUGGACAGCCAAAACUGUGCAAAUUAAAGAAACUUGUGUUUCUUGCUUCCUCAAUCUGCAUUAUCAUCAUCAAAGCAGACAAGAUACAAUUCAGCUGAAUUUGCAGUUGAAGAACAGGAAAGAUCCAAUUUUUACACCCAAGAUCCAAGGAAAUCUUGGAUUGAGAUUGAGUAGAGAAAGAAAAAAUAGAGAUAAAAAAAUCCCAUUUCAAUGAAUUCGGAGCAUCCUAGGUCGAGACCAGCAUUGUCGAAGGAGCUGAUCAAUCUCCAAGAUCAGUAUUUGAAUAGCAUCAAGGAUGUAAGAAGAUCAAGAAAUGGAUAUUUGGAAGUGAAGAAGAUGGAUUAUGAUCAUCAUCAUCAACGGCGCUCAUUGAUCUCACAAGGGCAUGGGAAGAGGAUUUUUCGUUACUUCACAUUGGAGUCGUUGCUUCUGCUGGUGUGCCUCACGGUGUCGCUGCUGGUGCUGCCGGUGGUGCUGCCGCCGCUGCCCCCGCCGCCCUUCUUGCUGCUGCUGCUGCCCAUCUUCAUCCUCGCCUUGCUCAUGCUCCUCGCCUUCAUGCCCUCGGGCGUCCGAGAAGUCGCCCACGCUUAUGCCUAGUCAAAGGUCUCGAGUUCGAAUCUCAUCGAAUAUUUGUAUUUUGUUUUGAAUAUAUGUUUAGUGUAUAAUCUUCUUUUUCUCUUGAAGUAGAUUUUUGGUCACUUGUAUCCAUGGAUGUAGUUGCUAGUUACAAGUAUUGAGAAUUGAAUCAAGAUCGAAUGAAUAAAACGGCACUAUUGAAUUAAAUUGGUUAAAA